GCGUAUUUUGUGAAAUUCAGAUUCCGCAAGUGUUUAUGAAUAAGAAAACGUAAAUUUUAAAGGGCAUAAUCAGCCAGAUGCAUUUUUGAAAAAGAAAAUAGGAAUUCUGUUUUCUACUUCUUCAAUGUGUGAUAUUGAAACUGUAGUGAAAGGAAGAUUGGAUCUAUUAUCCGGAGACGAUUAUUUCUCAUUCGCUCAUUUUUGCACGUGUUUCUUAUUCGGUUCCCCUCGGCUGCCCUGGGUGUUUGUCGCUGAAGCGCAUGCGGGAUUCGGUUUUGUUGUCAGUGAAAAGAUAAAUUGUGAGAUUUGGGGGGAAUAUCUACGAUAUAUUAUAGCUGUAAUUUGAGUGAGGAUUUAUUAUUUUCUUGUCAAGAGAUGUCUACAAUUUGAAAGUGAUAAAUGUUAGCCCGAGAGUACUCGUUUUAACCGCCUGAAUUUACUGGCACCCCCUGAUACUAAUUAUUACGAUAAUAGCCAGUGAUUGUGAGCUAGCUUCACAUCUGACACCUUUAAACCUUGAAAAAUUGUAUUUAUAUGUAAAUUUGUGUGAAUUAUCUGAGCAGUGAACCAAGCAAGAUUAUAAAAUGCCUUUAAAACAUUUUAUAUGAAUUUAAUGGAAUUAAACUUAACAUUUAGGAGGAAUUGAUACCAGAGUUGUGGAAUUAUUUAUUGAGGUGAUAAUUUUGUUAUGACAGAACGACCUUAAUUUGUUUUGGCUAAAUUCUGCGACUGGAUAAAAUAUUUAUUGAUGAACCGGACAACCCGUAUCCGGAUAACGGAAUUGAAUCCUCACGUGAUCUGUGUGUUGUGUGGCGGCUACUUUAUCAACGCUACUACCAUCACAGAGUGCCUUCAUUCGUUCUGUCGCACGUGCAUCACGCGUUACCUAGAGACGAGUAAGUACUGUCCCGUCUGUGAUGUGAUGGUCCACAAGACCAAGCCACUCGACUAUAUCCGCUCAGACAAGACGUUACAAGACCUGGUGUACAAACUUGUCCCGGGCCUGUAUAAAAGUGAGAUGAAGCGACGCCGGGAGUAUUAUGCCAAGGUUGACCCGCCGGGAGUCACCCUGCCCCCUAGCGAGGACCGUGGGUACGAGUUUUACGACCGUAUCAUUUACACAGAGGACGAGAAAAUCAGCCUCUCUCUCGAACUUUGCUCUCACGGUGUUCCGUUCAAGACACCCAACAAUAUCCGCGGGCACAGUGGCCCCGACAAUAUAAAGGUGCGUGACGUACGCUAUCUGCAGUGUCCGGCGGCGUUUUCCGUCGGCAACCUUAAGAAAUUCAUCCGCAUGAAGUUUGACCUGAAACAGAAAUUUGAGAUGGACAUAUUCCACACAGCCGAGCCCCUGCCCGACUAUUACUCCUUGAUGGACAUCGCCUACAUAUACACAUGGACACGGAGAGCUCCAUUGCGGUUGUUCUACACUGUGUUUGAACGCAGGCUGCCUCCGAAUGUUAUCCAGAAACUUCUCUACACGACUGCCAACGGCCUUAGAAACCAGACGACUGCGCCGGAAGUUGAGGAGGAAAAGGAGACGAUUGAAACAGCGAAUGAUGACGUAGGAAAAGAACCGGAAAUGACGAAGAAACGCAAACUUCCGGAUGGCCCUGAUGACGUCAUACCUGAUAUUGACCUAGAUAAGGCGAAACCGUACAAGCGGUUAAAGAAGAAACGGGGUUAUAAAAAGGGCAGUAAGGCGUCGUCUGUUGCGGAUGAUGAUUCUGUUAAAGAAGCUAUGUCUGAGUCGGAAGAACAGCUAGCGAAAUUGAAGCUGGACAGUAUAAGUGAUGCAGAAACAGUUAUUCCUGAUUUUGACUAUGAUGAAAAUAGUCGAGCAGGUUUUGAUAACGCUAUGGUGAAUGAACCAACUGAACCGGAUGAAAGUAAUGCUGAGAUAUGUUGUAGUGGUGAACGCGUUCAAGAAACAGGUGUUAAUGUCAGUGAAAGUAAUCAGACCUUUGGUGAAAAUAUCAUUGCUACUAAGGACGGGGAAAUAACUGUUGAUACAAACCAGGAUAACAGUAAGCCGUCAAGUACGCAUACAAGUCCGGGGUCAAUACACUUAACGCUUUUCCAACCUCUCACUAUUGCGAGCGAUGAAUCACAAACAGACUCUGUUAAAGAGAACAAAUCAUGUGAGAAACUAUAUGAGUUUAAACCAGAGGAAACUCAGUGUUAUAAAGACGAUGAAGGUAAUGAAGAAAUGCCUGUUAAACGACCGAAGGGUCGACCAAAAGGGAGCAAAAAUAAGGUGAAGCGGAUUCCUUUGGCUGACACUAAGUCAAACGAUAAAACCAGCAAAACAGACGAUAGUGUUAGUACUAAGACUGAUAGUGUAAGUACGAACAAUACACCAAAGAAAGUUUCCAAGGUGCAAGACAUAAAGAAGGAAUGUGAUUUAAGAACAAAUACAAAAACAAAUGGUAAUAGUGAGGUUAUUGUUCGACCAGAGAUUACAAAUGGAAAUGGGACCAAAACUGAGGAAAAAGUAAAACGAAAGUAUGUUCGGAAGAAAAAUGUUAGUGAUAAGACAAGUGAGGUUGAAGGUGUUGGAAAACGAGCUAAGAAAGACACUGACGCUGAAAAUGGAACUGUAGAUGGUGUUAAUGUUGGAAGCGUAACUGCACCUCAAGAUAAAACUGAAGAGAGUAGUGGGAGGAUUCAUGACGAGGCACAUCUUACAAAUGACGCUUCGAAUGACGAUACUUGUGAAAGUGGUGUUGACAAUAGUGAUGAUACAAGUGAACAUGAAAAAGUGCAAAUGGAAACAAAUGAAACCAAUAAGAUAAACUUGAAACCAUCUUUGCUUGAACCUGUCACCCCUCUGUAUGGGGAGACUCCAAAUCUGAACGAAUCCAAUCAGGGAUUGCCUUGUUCGCCUACAAUGGACUCGUCCAAAACCAAAUCUGACCAGAUAAAUUGUGUUUUAAACAAUCCUAAUGAAUCAAGUGGUGCUAUAGUUAAAACCUUGAGUGAUAAUAACACAACCAAUAUGAACUUAAACGGAGUACACUUUAAUGGUGCUAUUGUAAAUAAAGGACAAAUGGGAUUUGACCUUAGACCGAGUUUGAUGUAUCCAAAUAUUCAACCGGCUUUCCUCGGUUUUAAUCGUGGCCUUAUGAAUGUCAACAUGAUGAGACCGGAAGUUUCUGUGUCACAUUUUGGAUUUAGAAAUGAUAUUGGCGCUAUCACUGUACCGACCUCUAUGUGCAUUAUGGGAAGUUUUGCUCAGUCACCCAUGAACGCGCAUGCGCAAUUCAAUCACAUGCUCAAUGUUGCCAAUGACAACGGGUCAUGUGAUAUAAACGGCGACCAACCAUUGGAUCUUACAAACGGAGUGCAAAAAGAGGAAUAUACGAAAGGGAAAAUUUUCAAAACAAAAAUGUUGAAAAAGUCACAACCUAAGUCAGAAAACGGCCAACAUAUCAAAGACAAGACCAGCCAGUCCAUACAACCAUGAUGAGCGGAAAACAGUAAUUGUGUUGACAUUCUAAGGACAUACAAAUGACCACUUUUAAAUUAUAUUCACAGAAAUUGUUUCCGCUAUUUUGAAAAGUGAUAUUUCAUGAUUUUCAUAGUAAUUGAACAGCUGUCAGACUUAACGGCUCUCAGACUGGACUGCUCGCAGACUUAAUUGAUUUUUUUAUAUCGUAAAUACAAACUUGUAUUUUAAAUGUUAUUGCUUUGUAGAAUGAAUCGCAGACUAACAUUUUAUUUUCUUUUGUUUACAGUUUCAGUUUUACACUUUUCUUAAAGCCCAGGUGGUUUUGAUUUUUGUUCAAAGUUUUGUUUGUUUUAUCUCAAUGUGCUAUCUGAAGUAAGUAAUAAAUUUUAA